UAGUUGCUGUUGUGGGCAUUUUGCUCAAGUGUGGCGGCCACGCCCACGUCAUCAAUAGCACAGCGUCGUGCACAGCUGCAGGAGGAUGUGCAGCUAUUGCAUCCGCAAAUCAUAACUAUUGAACGGCUGGAGCAUUUGCUCCGGCGUGCAGGUGAAAUAUUUGGUCCGGUUGCCCAGGUCGCUGAUUCUGAAUCGGCCGGCAGUCAAUUGGAGCCUCAAGUAGAGAUGCAGGUGCAGCCACAGCAGUACAUGUUGCCACCCACAGAUCAGCCCUAUAACUUCUACUUGCCGCUCUACGAUUACAUUGAUCCCAAGCUGGACGCGAAGAGUCGGCACAUGGAGAAAAUUGCGCCGCCGCCACAGAGAUUGCAGCAGGAGCACAAUUAUUACGCCGACAAGCCAAAGAAGACGCCGAAGAAGUUCAAUGCGGCCGCCAAGCACGUCAACCUCAAGUGGCUCAACACAUACGAGAAGGCAAUGGGCGGAGUUGCUCCCAAGGCGAUCUAUUUGGAGCAGGAUGAGCGCAAUCGCAUCAACUUUGAUGACUCCUUCUUCGCGGUUGACAUGCACGUGAAGACGCCGGACAAUCAGCCUCACAAGGAGUCGAGCGCUGUGCCCGCCGAAUUGCUGCAGCACGGCGAACAGCUGGCCGAGGAUGAUCUGAUGGCCGCGCCUGCCCAGCUCACAUACAGCUACAAGCCAACGGAAGCUGUGAAGCAGCCUGCUUAGCGGUGCACUGCGGCCAGGA